AGGUUGCGAGGAUAAAUGAUUUAAUGAAAUAUUUUAAGUUUUUUUUAGAACAGCUACAAUAAUAAUGACACAAUAGCUUUCAUUUAAAAACAAUUAAGCGUACGGAAGUUUUAGCAUAUAUAUCUGCAACAUUUUCACGUUACAACCAUUUAUUGGACGAUUACUCUGGUUCACAAGCCGUUAACCAUUUAUUGGACGAUUAUUCUGGUUCACAAACCGUGAGUAUUGGAGUCAUGCGAUUGCAGUUGAUAGUGGUAGAGGUUAAUUUGAAGUAAGUUGAUAAUAAAGUGGAUGUACCUUAAUUGUAAAGCUUGGUAACUCGUCCAUUCGACUUAUCUACGACUGAGUUUAUAUUGUCUUGACUGUUCAUGUCGUAUGUCCAUCUUAUUAUUUCAUACGCAAAAUACAGUAUCCCUACGUACGACUAAGUAAAAGUAGUAGCGGACGCUUUCCUCAUAUCAGAGGCCGCUCUCUCAAUUUCUCUCAUUUUUAUUGUAAUAAAUCUCAUAAGCUCAAUAGUGCACUGUGAAAUACAAGUUAAAUAACAUGUAGAUAAUUAAUGUAGAUGGGAUAAAUUAUUCAAUUGUUUCUUUUUGAUUUUUCACAUGUCACUUUUAAAUACAUUUAUGUAGGUGAAUUAUGCAUAGAUCCGAUUUUAUAAGAUGUUCUCAACCUAACUGCUGUGAAUUUGUACAUAUAACGGCUCCAAAGGACAUCAACAUCACGAGAAUUGAACUUGGUUCUUGCUACACAAUACAGGAUAAACAGCUUUAUACGGUUUAUUACAACAAUAACCAAUCAAAGCAGACUCUGUAUGAGGACCGUUGCUGUAAAGGCGACAUCUAUGUGUAUUAUGAUUAUCUUCCCCACGAAAGCCCAAGAACAACUUUGCCAACAACCAGAACAGGAAUACGAGCCGCGUCUUCAACCCAUUCAAGGACUCCUCUCUCCACUGGUCCUCCAGAAGUGUCCAUUCCCUCGGAUCCCAAGAACACUUUUGUACUGGUCAUCAUUUUUGUGAGUUUAGCAUUGCUAAUACUCCUGGGAGUCUGCGCACUGCUGUAUAGACGCUUCAGGAAAUCAAGGUCGGCACCGGUGGAAGAGUUUACAGACCAUUGCGAUUACUUAGUCAUUGACGAAUCUCGAAUCACCACACACAAUUACAGUGUUAUUGAGGCGACAAACGGAUCCUAUCCACAACAAGAACACAAUCCGUACACAACAAUCCUGAGUUCAACUACAACUUCCAUUCCUUGUCAAUCAAGUGAAUACGAAACUGUUCAAAUAAAUACUGAACCCGACAAUCUGCGUGGUUGGGUACACGUACCAUAGGCUGUCUAAAGAUCCAAUUUCCACCACCUUCUGCAUAAUAUUCAAUUUAUGUUUGUUUAAGGAGGUUGGCACCUGAAAUAAUAGUAAUGUCAAUCAUCCAAAAACCACUUGGAUAUAAAGAUGAGUACCAAAAAUGUUCAUUUAUUUUAUUUGUGAUCCAUGUCACAUGCCAUUUUUUGAAAAUACAGGACCCAAACAAGAAUUGAUAAUUUUUCUCAAAUUUUUGCUUAAAUCUAACAUGUAAAUUGAUAAUUUGAAGAAAUCAAACAAAUAUUUAUAGUUUGAACUAUUAUUUAGUUAUGAUUUUAAUACAGUAUGAAGUUGGACACAUGUAGUGACUUAAAAAGUAAA